AUGUCCAAAUCGGCACCUUCAGCGACCACAAUGCGGCGAUCGUCACGCACGCGGAAUCCUACAGACAAGGUGCUCGGCUGCUUCUCCAACGUGGAACCAUCGGAACGUCUCGAUCACAUGAUCCGCUACCUUUCGACAUGGUCUGGUACGGACAAAUGCCUGAUGCUGACGCAGUACUCUUCCAAGCUGGUGAUUGUGCUUCUGAAUCUUCAGUACGCGUUGCGGUUGCGCAUGCUCGGCAUGCGCUCUACCAAGACUUCAUCUGCGGCGCAACGGGUGCAGAAGCUGGGAUCGCUCAUCAGCGAUGCGAGGGUGCUGUACCGCAUUUGGGGUAUCCUUCCUAUCAUCAAGUGGAUGAUCGGUCUGGAAAGGUCGCCUCCUCCUACACGACUGCUGCACAACAUUGAGCGCAUUCAGGGAUGGUCGAUGCUCGCUUACUGCCCCAUGGAGGCGAUUGCCUAUCUCGGCAGCCACGGCAUCGUAUCGGUACCCGAUGCUAUUCAGAAUGGCUUCUGGCUGUGGGGCUCCCGAUUCUGGGCGCUGUAUGUCGGUCUUCAACUUCUGCAUCUCGUCGAAGACAAUCGACUGCUUCGACUGCGUGCAAAGGCGCUCGAGCGAUCGCGUGGACAUCCUACGCCCAACAAGAUCCAGCUCAACGUCAACGCUCAGCUCGCGUCCGCCUCCUCGGGUGCAUCCACACCGGCGCUCUCGGAAAAGUCAAGCUCCACCACACAGGAACAGGCGAUCACGCGCAGAAUGUGGGACGAGCUGGAUGACCGAAAAGCUGCCAUCCUCAAUGAGUUGUGGGUGAAUCUGGGCUACCUCCCGUUGACCAUUCACUGGUCGUGCACCAAAGGUCUCAUCUCUGAAGGCUGGGUCGGAUUGUUCGGUACCAUUGCUGCCUUGGCCGGUCUGCGGUCCGGCUGGAAGAACUCUGCUGCGCCACCAGUCCCGCCAGCUACUGCCUAG